ACCCGGCGCUCCUCCGGGGGGCGCGGGGCUGGCGGCGGGCGAGGAACGCUCUGUGGCGACAGGCGGCGAGGGCAGCCCGGGGCCCUUCGGCAGCGGCGGCGCCGGCGAGAGCAGCGGCGGGAGCGGAGCCGGGGCAGCAUGGACACCGACCUGUACGACGAGUUUGGGAACUACAUCGGGCCCGAGCUGGACUCGGACGAUGACGACGACGAGCUGGGCCGAGAGGCCAAAGACCUGGACGAGCUGGAGGAUGAUGAUGAUGAUGAUGACAUGGGGGAGCACGAUGAGGAGCACCCCGGGAUGGAGGUGGUGCUGCACGAGGACAAGAAGUACUACCCCACGGCAGAGGAGGUCUAUGGGCCUGAGGUGGAGACCAUCGUGCAGGAGGAGGACACACAGCCACUCACCGAGCCCAUUAUCAAACCUGUGAAAACCAAGAAGUUCUCCCUGAUGGAGCAGACGCUGCCGGUCACUGUCUACGAGAUGGAUUUCCUGGCAGAUCUGAUGGACAACUCGGAGCUGAUCCGGAAUGUGACUCUGUGUGGGCACCUGCACCAUGGCAAGACGUGCUUUGUUGACUGCCUGAUAGAGCAGACGCACCCCGAAAUCCGGAAGCGCGACGAUCAGGAUCUCUGCUACACUGAUAUAUUGUUCACAGAGCAGGAGAGGGGUGUGGGGAUCAAGAGCACCCCAGUGACGAUUGUUCUGCCAGACACCAAAGGAAAGUCUUUCCUCUUCAACAUCAUUGACACUCCAGGUCAUGUGAAUUUUUCUGACGAGGUGACAGCCGGCCUUCGCAUCUCGGACGGCGUCGUGCUCUUCAUCGAUGCGGCCGAGGGGGUGAUGCUGAACACAGAGAGGCUGAUCAAGCACGCGGUGCAGGAGAGGCUGGCAGUGACUGUGUGCAUCAACAAGAUCGACAGACUCAUCCUGGAGCUGAAACUGCCCCCCACAGACGCUUAUUACAAACUCAGACACAUUGUAGACGAAGUUAAUGGUCUGAUCAGCAUGUAUUCCACCGAUGAGAACCUCGUGCUGUCUCCCCUUCUGGGGAAUGUGUGCUUCUCCAGCUCUCAGUACAGCAUCUGCUUCACACUGGGGUCUUUUGCAAAGAUUUAUGCAGACACAUAUGGAGACAUCAAUUACCAGGAGUUUGCAAAGCGGCUUUGGGGCGACAUCUACUUCAACCCGAAGACCCGCAAGUUCACCAAGAAGGCCCCGACGAGCAGUUCCCAGCGCAGCUUCGUGGAGUUCAUUCUGGAGCCCCUGUACAAGAUCUUGGCUCAGGUGGUGGGGGAUGUGGACACAACCCUGCCCAGGACUCUGGAUGAACUUGGCAUCCACCUCACCAAAGAGGAAUUGAAACUGAACAUCCGGCCCCUGCUGCGGCUUGUCUGCAAGAAGUUCUUUGGGGAGUUCACAGGCUUUGUGGACAUGUGUGUGCAGCACAUUCCCUCCCCAAAAGUGGGAGCCAAGACAAAAAUUGAGCACACCUACACCGGCGGCGUCGACUCCGACCUGGGGGAGGCCAUGAGCGAGUGCGACCCUGACGGUCCCUUGAUGUGUCACACAACCAAAAUGUACAGCACUGAUGAUGGUGUCCAGUUCCACGCCUUUGGUAGGGUGCUCAGUGGCACCAUCCAUGCUGGGCAGCCUGUGAAGGUCCUUGGGGAGAACUACACCCUGGAAGAUGAGGAGGAUUCCCAGAUCUGCACCGUUGGACGCCUCUGGAUCUCAGUUGCAAGGUAUCACAUUGAGGUGAACAGAGUUCCUGCUGGCAACUGGGUGCUGAUCGAGGGCGUGGACCAGCCCAUCGUGAAGACGGCGACUGUGACAGAGCCUCGGGGCAAUGAGGAGGCUCAGAUCUUCCGUCCCUUGAAGUUCAACACCACGUCUGUUAUCAAAAUAGCUGUGGAGCCAGUCAACCCCUCAGAGCUCCCCAAAAUGUUGGAUGGUCUCCGCAAAGUCAACAAGAGCUACCCCUCACUUACAACUAAGGUGGAAGAGUCUGGGGAGCAUGUGAUCCUGGGAACAGGAGAGCUGUACCUGGACUGUGUCAUGCACGACCUGCGGAAGAUGUACUCCGAGAUCGACAUCAAGGUGGCUGAUCCAGUGGUGACAUUCUGUGAGACAGUGGUGGAAACAUCCUCCCUGAAGUGCUUUGCUGAGACACCCAACAAGAAGAACAAGAUCACGAUGAUUGCUGAGCCCCUGGAGAAGGGCCUGGCAGAGGACAUUGAGAACGAAGUGGUGCAGAUCACAUGGAACAGAAAGAAGCUGGGUGAAUUCUUCCAGACCAAAUACGACUGGGAUUUGCUGGCUGCCCGUUCCAUCUGGGCCUUUGGGCCAGACGCCACUGGCCCAAACAUCCUGGUGGAUGACACACUGCCCUCAGAGGUGGACAAAUCUCUGCUGGGUUCAGUGAAGGACAGCAUUGUGCAGGGCUUCCAGUGGGGGACCAGGGAAGGGCCCCUUUGUGAUGAAUUGAUCCGCAAUGUGAAGUUCAAGAUCCUGGACGCGGUGAUUGCUCAGGAGCCCUUGCACAGGGGUGGAGGGCAGAUCAUCCCCACGGCCCGCAGGGUUGUGUACUCUGCCUUCCUCAUGGCCACCCCUCGCCUGAUGGAGCCCUACUACUUCGUGGAGGUGCAGGCCCCUGCUGACUGCGUGUCCGCCGUGUACACGGUGCUGGCCCGGCGCAGAGGCCAUGUGACCCAGGAUGCUCCGAUCCCAGGCUCUCCCCUCUACACCAUCAAAGCCUUCAUCCCAGCCAUUGAUUCCUUUGGGUUUGAGACAGACUUGAGGACCCACACACAGGGACAAGCCUUCUCUCUCUCUGUCUUCCACCACUGGCAGAUUGUGCCUGGUGACCCCUUGGACAAGAGCAUCGUCAUCCGGCCGCUGGAGCCACAGCCAGCCCCACACCUGGCCAGGGAGUUCAUGAUCAAGACCAGGCGCAGGAAGGGCCUGAGUGAGGACGUGAGCAUCAGCAAGUUCUUCGACGACCCCAUGUUGCUGGAACUGGCCAAGCAAGACGUGGUUCUCAACUACCCCAUGUAACCCUGCUGCCCUGGCAUGGGGGCUGACCCGAGCCCUGGCUGGCACCUGCCAGUCCUUCCCCAUCCCUGCUUGCCCAGCCCUGGCUCCUGGAGGCUCAGGGCAGGCAGGGAGCGGCUCCUCAGGUCACUCCCAUGGCUCUAGGAGUCUCCAUGGACCAAUUGUGGGCAUUUCCAUGCGGGGAGCAGUCCAGACCCCGAGCCUGAUCCAUUUUGUAUUGUUAGUCUCCAGCUGCUGUUGCCUCCAGUGAGGUUUUCCUUUUGGAUAGGCUCCUCCAGCUCACGGAGCUGAGCAGUGUCAGGAUGGAUUCCUGAGGACUGGGCCUCAACUGUGUCAAGCAUUUCAGGCAGCUGAGAAAGGGGGGAUGCUGGGGGGACAGUGCUUUACCAGCUUUCUGUACCCCUUUUUUGAACCCUUUUAAACGUUUAGUACAAA